AUGAUCUUCAUCCAGCAGGAUUCCGCUCCAGCUCAACUCAGCAGUGGCUGCAAAAGAACAUUCCAGAGUUCAUCCCUUCCUCGGAUAGGCCCUUCAGGAAGCACUGAUCUCAACCCACCAGAUUACCGGCUUUGGUCCGAACUGGAGAUGGCAUGCCACAGAGCACACCCUAACUUGGAAAGCCUCAAACAAUCUCUGGUCCGAGCAGUUGAGCACUUUCCUCAAGAAGUGCUGGGUGCUGCUAUUGAUGACUGGGCACGGAGAUUAAAUGCCUGUGUCAAGGGAAAAGGUGGACAUUUUGAGUAA